AUGGCUCAGGUCAAUGGAGACUUCUCUGGGUCGAGUCCCAGCUCAGUUUUCCUCCAGCAUCUCCUCGACUACCCAGUGGUCUACGAUGGCGUUUCCACGUUCAAACAGAACCCGUACGGACAAAAGUCACUACAGCUCAGCGACUCGGCCUACAAGACUUUCGCGCAACCACUGGCGCCUUUCUUGAACAAGCCGUUCCAGUUCGUGCGACCCUAUCUCCAGAAAGCCGAUUCACUGGGAGACCAGGCACUGUCCAAGGUGGAGGAGACCGCGCCCUUCGUCAAGAAGCCCACCCGCCAACUUGUGGCGGACGCGAGGGCCCUCGUUGGGUUUCCCUACCGAACUGGACUUGAGGCGAAGGAUCAUGUCCUGAACACGUAUUCGGCCGAGUGCAAGAAGGCCGGCGGCGACGGCAUCGUAGCUCAUAGCAAGGCGCUCGUCAGCACGGCCCUGAUUUCAAGCAGCGAGUUGUUGGGCUGGGCUAGCACCAUCAUGCACCGCCGAGGGACGGAGGCGAAGGAAACUGUGAAGGAAAAGGCGAAUCAUUAG